UGAAUACACACUCUCUCUUUCUCUCUCUCCGAGACUCCCUUCUCCUACUCCAGAAGAGCGUGCCUCCUUGUCAGAGUGAGCAGAUUCGGAGCUGAAGGUGUGCUUCUGUUGCCAGUGAUCUGCCAUUUGGAAAGGAAGACUAGAAGAAGCCCCUUUAACUGAAGAUAUUAUCUGAGGUGACUGCUGGAGAGUGCGGAGGAAGCAUUCAAAGAGACACUGCGGUGCAAGUGUCACAUCGAGCUCCGUCAGCCAAAGCAAGAAGUUGCCUGAAGCCCUUCCUUCCUUCCUUCCUUCCUUCCUUCCUUCCUUGCUUCCUUCCUGGGAUUGUUAAGAAGGACCCAGGGAAGACAGCGUGCUGCCCAGCAUCUGCACCGGCUUCCCGGCAUCGCCCGCGAUGAGUGAGAGUCGAAGGGAAGCGCUGGCGGCGGCGGCGCCCGAGCCCACCACCGCCUCAUCCGCCACGGCUGGCUCCAACACUACCAACAUGGCCGGCACGGGCACGGGCGAGAAGGACGAGGCCUUUUCCAAGCUGAAGGACAAGUUCAUGAACGAGCUGAACAAAAUCCAACUGCCAAAUUGGGCCAUCGCCUCUAUCGCCUUUGUGGCGAUCAUCCUGGUGUUAGCGUGCUGCUUCUGCGUCUGCAAAAAAUGGAUAUUCAAGAAGAAAAACAAAAAGAAGGGCAAAGACAAGGGCAAAAAUGCCAUCAACAUGAAGGACGUCAAGGAUGGGGCCAAAACCGAGGCCUUGAAGGAUGAGGAGGAUGCGGAGACAGGGCUGACUGAAACGGAGAUAGAGGCCGAGCCCAAGGAGGACCAGAAACUGGGCAAAUUACAAUACUCCCUGGAUUACAAUUUCACAGAGAAUACGCUCAUAGUGGGGAUCAUCCAGGCCGCAGAGCUGCCUGCUAUGGACAUGGGCGGCACGUCCGACCCAUACGUAAAGGUCUACCUGCUGCCUGACAAGAAGAAGAAGUUUGAGACCAAGGUCCACAGGAAGACCCUCAACCCCGUCUUUAAUGAGCAGUUCACCUUCAAGGUCCCCUACGUAGAGCUCGGUGGAAAGACGCUGGUAAUGACAGUGUACGACUUUGACCGCUUCUCCAAACACGAUGCCAUCGGCGACAUCAAGGUGCCCAUGAACAAGGUGGACUUCAGCCACGUAACAGAGGAGUGGCGGGAUCUGCAGAGCGCCGAGAAGGAGGAGCAAGAGAAGCUGGGCGAUAUCUGCUUCUCCCUGCGAUACGUUCCCACCGCCGGCAAGCUGACCGUGGUCGUCCUCGAGGCCAAGAACCUGAAGAAAAUGGAUGUGGGAGGCUUGUCAGAUCCAUACGUGAAGAUCCACCUGAUGCAAAACGGCAAGAGGCUGAAGAAGAAGAAGACGACAAUCAAGAAGAACACCCUCAACCCUUACUACAACGAGUCCUUUAGCUUUGAAGUCCCAUUUGAACAAAUCCAGAAAGUGCAAGUUGUUAUAACUGUUCUGGACUAUGACAAGAUCGGCAAGAACGAUGCCAUCGGCAAGGUCUUUGUGGGCCUCAACAGCUCGGGGACGGAGCUGCGCCACUGGUCCGACAUGCUGGCCAACCCCAGGAGACCCAUCGCCCAGUGGCACGUGCUGAAGCCAGAGGAAGAGGUGGAUGCUCAGCUCUCCACCAAGAAAUAGGCAGGGUCCCUUUCAGCCCCUGCCUUGUAGUACUCUUUAGCCAGUAUGUGUAAAUACCUCAGUGAUAUAUGGGUCCAUCCAUGUAACCCCCCACCCCCCCCUCGUUUACCCCGCCUCCCCCAGCUUUACUGCUCCUAAAAUCACAAUCAACCCUAAUCGUUCAACCGUCCUGCGACAACAUCCCACCGUCUGCUUCUUUUCUAUCAGGUUCCCUACUUUUCUCGCUUUUCUCUCUUUUUUUUGUUUUUGUUCCUGUCUGAUUCAGCAGUUUUUGUUUUCCAUCUGUGCCCUUAAUCGCCCCGACCAAAUGCCCCCUUCUUUUAAGCAAUAUGAUCUGUAUAGAUAGCGCAUGACUGAAAGAAUUUAUUGUACCACAGUUGUAUAUAUAAGUAUGCAGACAAAAAUGAUUUCUAGUUUAUGUGUUUGUAUGUUGUUACCCGUUUCCUAAUCUGUGUAUAUCUUGAUGUUUUUAAUAAGAUGUUCUAUUUUAAAUUAUGUAAAUGCAGAUAUAGAGGAAAGCCAAUAUUAUAUAUCCCAGGAUUUAAAAAUUCUACCUUAUUACCUUAUUGCAUUCCAGAAAAAAAUGAAUUCCAACCUGCAAGACACUAGUGGAAAUAUAUUCACAUUGUAAAGGACGAUGUCUGGCUAUAAGUUCAGCAAAGGGAUCAUCACAGAAAAGACGAACUGAUGGGCAGAAUAUAUACACACAAAACUCCAAAAUACUAGGCCAUUAACUGCUAUGGUUCUGAGGGGGAAAAAUUAUGCUGCUGGAAAUUAUACAAGCACAUGAUUUCUUACAACUUUUUGUACUUAUUUCUCAAUCAGAGGACCUAACUAUAUGUUUAGCUUGAUGCACACUGUUACCAGAAACGAUAGUUAACACAAACAGCGUUUCAUUUCUCCAUAUUUGGCAGUUUCUUCUAAGUGGAACAGGUCCUCGUUUUUAAAGGCCAUCAUUCAGCUUUUACUGGCUCGUUUUUCUGUUCCAAAAAUCAAAAAAUAUUUUCCUUCGACACCUUCAGACACAGACCCCAUGUGGAAAAAAUAAAAAUAAAAAUAAGCACCAAGCUGUAGCCAUUGUGUCCUUAAGCUCGUUUAACAAUAUUUUUGUUAACUUUGAACAGCCUUGUCAUUGUUGGAAGUAUAUUGCAUCUAGACCAGGGUCCGAUCUUUGGAAAAAAAAAAAAAAGAGUCGUGACUCUGGUUUUAAGAGGACUAUUUUUUAGAGCAAUUCAACGUCUUGACUAUUUUUAGUAAACUGCAUGAUUUUUUUUACAAUCUUUACUAAAGGCUGGGACUUGGGGGGCGGGAGGAGGUGGGGGGAGAUCUACUGACACCAGGGGCUGUCUCUUCUGAUACGAUCCCCUUGCCUUCAAAGAGGAAGAGAGGAAAGAAAAAUCAAGAGCGAUCGCUUAAUCUUUUGGGUCGAUGUAUAUGAUUACAUAAACUGGGGGGGGAGGCGAAGCGAGUUUCUAAACACUGCCAUUUCCAGGGAGGUGACUCCAUGUAGAGAUCCUCUCUUCAUGCACACUCCCACUUGCUAGUGGUUGUAGCUUUGGUUUAUUGGGAACAAUGUCUUUGGCUGCAAUGGUGCACCUGAAUCGCAGUCUUUGCUUUGCGUUGCCUUCUCACAGUGACAAUAGAGUUAGCCAUGUUUUACUGCCAAUUUUAACUUUUUACGUGGCUGCUGUUUUUGCACUGGAUGUCUUUUAAACUAGCUUGUUGACAUUUAUGGACAAUUGUUGGCUGGUUUUUAUUUCAGGACCGCCGCCGCCGCAGGUUGAAGCCAGAAAUCCGCCUGUUCGAUCGAUAAUUACACAAAAUAAAAGAAAGCAACGAUGACAAAUCACAGCCGACAGCAGUUACAUCAGUUUUGUUUUCUCGUUGGCACAGGACUACACCAAGAGAACGCGAAAUAACCGUAAAGUUAAUGGUCUGCGUAGGUUAUUAGUCCAUCAUGUCCUUUACUACGGGUCCAAUUAGCAAAGGAAUAAGUUUUAAUCCAUGAAAACCAUGAAGUCUCUUAUCUUGGAGGAACCUCUUGCAUAUACUCGAUGCUAGCUUCAGGAGGACUUUCUAAAUGUUUUCAAUGUUAUUGUGUAGUUGAUAGCACUAUUAUGAAAAAAAGCUACUUGUCAUUCCAUAUGAGUCUCUGAGGACUGCUUUGUGUAUCACUGUGACUGCCGUGUGUGCUUAGAGAUGUAGACUUAUCAGUAGGUAGCGAAAAACCAGUUUGUUCUGUAGUGAUGUCGUAGCGUUUAAUGCCAUUUUCCCUUCUACACGCAAGAGAAAGAGAGAGCGAGCGCGUGGCGUCGCGAUGAAACAAAGGCGGGAACACGUUUUACCCCGAGUAAAGUGGGUCGCUUCACACAGCAUUUUGUUGAGCACUGUGCAAUACUUGUAUGUUCAUCCCAUAGUGUUAACGUGGGUGGCGUUGCCCGAGGAAAAAAAAAAAAGAAGAUUCUAACUCUUAAAGAGGAUGAUUCCAGUCCAGAGAGAUGUUUCUCCUUUCCAGUGAUUGGUUAGGACACAGCACAGGUAGAUUCAGCUGAUUGGUUGGAGCUUGACACCUCUGUCUAGGGUUCCCUCCCUUUAUUAUUAUUAUUUUUUUUUGCAGGUUUGUUUUUUCUCUUCUUGCACACAGGUCCAGCAUCAGAAGUUUCAGGGAGUAUUAGUUAAAUACCAAACGAGAUUCUACAUUUUCAAAAUAUCCCCUUAAAAAAAUGUACAUAUUUACAUAACCGUGUCAUAAAUUGUAUAUCUAGAAUGAUUAUAAAAGUGACAUGAAAGCCACAAAUAUCAUUUAAUCUAUCAUCCAUAUACUAUAUCUCAUCAGCAUUUGUCAUCUUCAUCAUGGGUGUUUUUAUUUGUUAGCUGCUCUGUUCAUUCAAAAAAAAACAACAACAACCUUUUUAUAUUUGAGAUGAAAACUCUGAAUGUACAGUGUGGACUGUGUUGGUGUAGAUUACUUUAACCGUGAGAUUAGAUGUACUUUGCACUUUUUGUUGUAAAAAAAAAAAAGAAGAAAGAAAAUAAGUCAUUUUGUUUAUAUUUUUCAACUAUUAUGAAUUUAUUUCAUAACAAAAAAAAAUCCCCCCUCCCUGUGUGAAAGCAUUCCAAAAAUCACUGAAUAUACUGAAAUACAGCUGCAUUCCCGAUCCCUCAUCGGCCGAGGGGUUCUUUUAUUUGACAUGUUUUACAUUUGUAGAUUCAUGAAUUCCAGUACAGCUUCAGAUUUAAAUGACAAAACGGAAUAAAGUACAAGGUAAAGGCUCUGUAAAAGUAGCCUGAGAAAUUCCUUUAAAAAAGAAUUGUACUAAUCCAAUCAAAGCUGAAAGAAAAAAAACACAGAAAUGACACAAACAGGGGAAUUCAGUAAAGGGGGGCAGCAUCGCAGAACACAUCAGAUUGCGACAAAACAACAAAAGCCAUUACCUGCAACGCAACGCAAUGCUCCUCUCGUUACUGUUUCCUACCAAAGUAUGCAUGCAUAAUCAAACUAAUAAAUUCUCCUCUUGUGAAGGAAGACACCUUAUCAAGCACUCUGUGUGACAAGAAACUCGAGAUUCUCUGACGAAAGAAGCCACACUUGACCUUUCGAAAAAAACGAAGCUGUGUAAAGUAUUAGAAUCUGAUGCUGUAGAAAGAUCCUAGUUGCCUUUGUGUAUAUCAACUGCCUGCUUGAGUAUUUUGUGUGUGGAAACUUUUUCUCUGUGAUCUCGUAGAAACUGUUUGGGGUGUUUUUUCCUGCCAUAUCGCUCGCCGUGUGGACGGCAGAGCCGCUGACAGUUAUAUUUGCUGUGUAUACCUUCAUUUUUGACGAGGUGUUUUACAGUUUUGUUUCACUUUGUGUAGUGAUUCACUCUGUGGAGUUUUCUGACUGUUGUUAUAUAACUUCAUAUACACAAAUGAUCAAUAAAAAUGUUUUAUUUCCUGUUGA